AUGUUAUAUCACCAAAGAGGGUUUGCCUUGGCUGCAGGUAACUACACAGCAAAUUUCUUGGCGUUGGUGGUUGUGUUUGAUUCCUACUUGACUGCCAUUGAUAUAGACAACAGAGCUCUGCAUAUUCCGACUUCGCCAGUGGUUCUGACCUUCUCCGAUCUUUGCCUUUGCUUGUACACAUGUGAGCUGCCUAUACUAUUCUUUGCGAAAGGCAAGCGUUUGCUGAAGGACUGGAUGGUGAUACUUGAUAUAGUUAUCAUCAUGUGUGGAUAUGCUGAAGUGGUGAUACAUAUUGUGGACAACAGUUCGGGUGGCACUGAUGGCGAUGACUUGCUGGACAAAUUCAGCGUCUUACGGAUGCUCCGUCUUGCUCGAAUUGUGCGGCUGAUGCAAUUACUGCGAAGAACCAGGUCUCUCAAGGAGCUGCAGAAGCUCGUGACAAUGUUAGCGACUUGCUUCAAGGCUCUAUUGUGGUCCUUUCUGUUUUGUUUCGUAGUCAUGACGAUCUGGGCGAUGCUGAUAGUGGAGCUCGUGCACCCGUUGCUGAUGGAGAUUGACCAACAGAAUCCUGAGAUAUUUCAGGAUUGUGCGCCACAAUGUUUAAGAGCUACGCGAUCAGUGAUGGAUGCAAACCUAUUGCUGUUCAAGACGGUUAUCGCUGGCGAUAGCUGGGGAUUGAUUGCUGUGCCUGUGAUCCAGCAACACCCGUUGACAGCGGUUAUAUUUAUGGGCUCUUUAAUGACACUGGUAUUUGGAGUCCUUAACAUCAUCGUUGCUGUUGUGGUAGACACAUUUGCAGAGGUGAGGGAGAGCGACGUGAUGAACUUGGCCCAAGAGCUGGACCACAACUUGAAGAAAGACAGGAAAUUCCUGCAAAAAAUCUUCAAUCGCUUGGACAAAAAGGGCGAUGGCGAACUGACGUUACAAGAUCUGAUGGAUGGUGCCCGUCAAGAUCCUGAGUUUCAAAGCCGGCUGAGAGUGAUGGACAUUGAUGAGGUCGACCUCCAGCAACUUUUCGACAUGAUAGAUGCUGAUGGAUCCGGGGCAAUAGAAGCUCAAGAAUUCAUUGCACCACUCAGCCGAUGGGUUCACGAGUCGAAGACAGCACCGCGCUUCAUCAAGUAUAACAUGAUGCAAGCUCUCAAUAUGCAGGAGGAUUUCUCAUAA